CCCUGGCAACUGUCUCCAGCUUUCAAAGUUCCCGGCAUGAAAAGUCCUUUGCUUCCUCCUGCUGAGGAAAGGAGAAGAUGAGCACACAUUUCUUGUUUUUCUUUCCACCUUCCUUAUCUUAUAAGAACAUUCACUCGCCUCUCGCAGGCAGUCGGGUCAACAACAGCAUCGCCCUCGCAAGACACAGCCUGGAUCUACAUCACAACCAUGGGCAAUUGUGUGAAUAUGGACAGGAGCCCAAGCCAUGUCUUGGAAUCUGCUGACUUUGCAGACCUGCUGCCCACCUGGACCGAUUAUUAUACCUACGAAGACACCACGCUCGCUGACAGCGCUCUCCCUGCGCCGUGUUACAGCACAUUUUGCUCCUCGGUCGGCGGCGCCAUCCCGACAUUCCUGGUGGUAGCCGGCACUUUGGGCAUCCUCGGCAGUCUCGCCCUGGCCAUCGCCUUGGUCAUGUGCUUCCGACUCUGGGAGCAAACCGGGCUCAUUCUCACAACGCUGUCAACUGCCCUCUUUGCCACCAUCUUGCCGUUUUUCGCGGCCGGGAUCAGCUGGGGCUGGACCUUCGGGGACGGGCUCUGCCAGGCGGCACAGGCCAUGAAGUAUGGGUGCCAGUUUGCCCAGGGGCUCUUGGUGGCUGCCUGUGUGUGUCCAAUGCCCAAGGCCGCCCUUCCUGGCUGCCUCUUGCCUCUCGUUCUCUGGGUCACAGGCUUCCUGCUUGCAAUCCCCGCAGCUGUGAUCCACGGCACGGGGAAAGACGGGGAAGCAAUAUGUGCCCUGAGACAGGCACCUGAGCUGCUCUGGUGGUCUCUCACUCACAUCAUCUUCUGGAUAGCUGUUUUCUACAUCCUCCCAGUGGGGGUUGCUCUGGCCAAGGUGGCGCUGAAGUGGGAGAGGGCUGGGUGGCACCCGCCCGCGGUCAUCACUUGGCUCUUCUACCUUCUCUGGGCGCCGUAUGGAGUGGCCCUGAUCCUGGACAAGCUGCUGCAGAUGAACUUGCUCACCCAUACUUGCAGCUUGCAAGAGCAUCUCAGCUACUUCCUGGGGCUAUCCGAGGGGCUGGGGGUCCUGCACUGCAUUCUGUGCCCCUUCUUAGUUCUAGGGAUGGUCAUCCGUCACCGAAGGGCUGCCCAAUGAGGCAGGCAAUAGAUUCGGGAGGGGGGUGUCCAACUACAAUCAAGAGAGCUUUAAUCUACGGAUCAUUUUGUAUCUGCUUCUGCCUCUGCAACAAAGCCUGGAGGGUGGCAGACUUCCUUAGAAUUUCCUAGUAGCCAAGCUUGCUAAAUAAAUAAAGUUCUGCGGUCAGGCAAUCCCAAUUCUGCUUCCAGAAAUGGGGGAUUCUGCAAUGUGAAUUCUGCAAAAAAAAUGGGCUAUUCUGCCUCUGAAAAUUGAAGCGAGGCCACAUUGUGCAGGGGUAAUGAAGCACAUGCCGCAAGUUUGGAAAUUUUAUUCAGACAUCCUUUCAGCCAGUGACAGACCUACAUUUUGGGGGCCCUGAAACAUUAAAUGUUAUGAGGACCACUUUGCAACCAGCAACAAGGUCUGAGUAACCACUGUUAUUGUUAUAAAAAAAACCUACUACAUCUCAGAUUUUGAUUAAAAUCGCUGUACUGGGCUAUCUCACAUGUCCCAUUUCACUGGUGCGAAUAAAAAUUUCCUGUGCCGUGUAGUUUUCAAGUUGUGCAACUCAAGUUGGGGCUAGUAGACCCAACCUUUUCAAGCCAUGUGGACCCACCUUGGAUCAGGAUGUAGCCUACUAGUUGUCCUGGCCGAUAUCUGGUUUUCAAUAUCGUGAUAUAUCUGCAGCUAAAUACCAUGCUAUGCUGAUAUAUCACAAUAUCUGGAAUGUAUCUUGGCUGCUUCUUCCUCCCCACCUUAGGGGAGGGAGGAGCAACGGAGAUACAUCACCAAACCCAAGCUCCCAUACGAAUACCCACUUCAUUCAAAUUGCUCAGCAGGAAGCCUCCUCAGCUGAGUGAGCCCCCACACCGCUCCAGCUUGUGUGAGCCAGAGGGGGAGGGGCUUCCUUAAAGGCACACACAAGGAAGGAGAUGGAGCCCCAGAAGGCCCUCACCCAGAACCUUUCUCCGACUCUGUCUGUUUGUUUGCCUGCCUGCCUGUGCCUUUGCCAUCCGCAGGCAAUUUGAGCUGGCGCAAUGUAUUGCCAGCUCAAACUGUCUGGAACCAGUAUCACAAUCUGAGCACCGUACUGUUUUCAUUUAUUUUCAAUUAUUUAUUUAUUUGAUUUUUAAAAAUAAAUACGUAAACGUACAUUUUAAAAAAAAAAAUCAAAUAUC